AUGGAUUUUUCUCGUUUUGAGAAACCUCCUUAUCCUAUGAAGCUCAAACAGCAAGCACAAAAGCAACAGUAUGCCAGAAAGCAUAAGUUGCAGGAUUGUGAGACAGUAGCAUUUUCUGAAGAGUGCAGUGCCAUUAUAGAGAAGAAGUUCCCACCAAAGCUUCAAGAUCCGAGAAGUUUCAACAUUUCAAUCGCGAUAGGCAACACCAAUGUUGGCCGGGCGUUAUGCGAUCUUGGAGCAAGCAUCAACUUGAUGCCGCUGUCAAUAUGCAAAGCAUUAGGACUUUCUGAACUGAAGCCAACCAUGGUCUCUUUACAACUUGCUGACCGUUCAGUAAGGAGACCUAAUGGAAUAAUAGAGGAUGUCCUAGUCAAGGUUGACAAGUUCAUCUUCCCUGCUGAUUUCAUUGUGUUGGAUAUGGAAGAAGAGAGUGAAAUACCUCUUCGGCUUGGAAGGCCGUUCUUGGCCACAGCUCGAGCUAUGAUCGAUGUUGAACAAGGAAACUUGAGUUACGAAUGA